CAAAGUCUCAAACAAAUCUAGGUUAGGUCUACAUUUGGUUUUACUUCUAAGAAGAUAUGUCAAUGCCUGCUUUGUGAUUGACACACUGUAUUGAUCAUUUUAGACUGACCGUUGUUACAUUUUGUUAUCAGACAGUAAAAGUGUGUUUAUUCCUGUCUGUACAGAUGGUGUGAGAGAGCGGUCUGAUGUGUUUGCCUCGGCCUGUGCCAUCGCCCGGCCUUCCCCAUAUUCUCCCGUUGCUCUGCCUCUUCCCACAGGACAGAGAAGACGCAACUCACUGGAGUUGCGUCAAAUAUACUGUAUUUGACUGGGUAUGUAUUUUUGUCUUCAGGAGAUUAAGGCAGUGGGGACAGAACUGGGCGUUACUCCUGUCAUAAUUCGUGGAGAGGAACUGAAACAGAAAGGAUUUGGAGGUACUGUAUCAGGAGAAGGCUUGUUAUAAUGGCCAUGCAUCCAAAGCCUUGGCUAGGUGUUAGGCUUCCAUUUGAAGCCAUUUUAGCUAUGGAUUGGAACUCCAAUCUGUUGGGUUCUUUGCUUGCAAUCACACAGAUGUGUGUGGGCCAGUUAGAAAAGCGUUUUUCAAACUGGCUGUACUCUUGUGCAGUGUUUAAACAACAACAUAAAUAUGUACUGUAUGUAUCAGGUCACGUGUGGACCACAUGCUUUCUUCCACUUCCCUUUUAGAGUUUUCUUGGUACAUUGCCGUGAAAAAGUAUUUGCAUAAUGGGACCCUUGUCAUCCAAAAAGUUGGCUCAUGUUUUCCAAAAAGCACCUGGAUGAUCAUCAAGACUCUUGGAAGAAUUUCCUAUGAGAAUAUAAUUCAAAAGUAUCCCUUUUUGGGUGACAUGGGUCCCAUUAUGCUUGGUGAAAACCAAACACUACAUUCCACAGUAAAAACCUCAUACCAACGGUCAGAAUGGUGGUGAUAGUGUGAUAGUUUGGGGAUGUUUUGCUGCCUCGGGACCUCUGCGACUUGCCUCAUAGAAGGAACUGUGAUUUCUGCUCUGUAUCAGAGAAUUCUACAGGAGAAUGUCAGGCCAUCCGUCUGCGAGCUGAAGCGCAGCUGGGUCAUGCAGCAAGACAAUGAUCCAAAACACACAAUCAAGUCUACAUCAAUCAAAUUUUGACCUAAUCGGCCUCCCGGGUGGCGCAGUGGUCUAGGGCACUGCAUCGCAGUGCUAGCUGCGCCACCAGAGUCUCUGGGUUCGCGCCCAGGCUCUGUCGCAGCCGGCCGCGACCGGGAGGUCCGUGGGGCGACGCACAAUUGGCAUAGCGUAGUCCGGGUUAGGGUAGGUUUGGCCGGUAGGGAUAUCCUUGUCUCAUCGCGCUCCAGCGACUCCUGUGGCGGGCGGGCGCAGUGCGCGCUAACCAAGGGGGCCAGGUACACGGUGUUUCCUCCGACACAUUGGUGCGGCUGGCUUCCGGGUUGGAGGCUAGCUGUGUUAAGAAGCAGUGCGGCUUGGUUAGGUUGUUCUUCGGAAGACGCAUGGCUUUCGACCUUCGUCUCUCCCGAGCCCGUACGGGAGUUGUAGCGAUGAGACAAGAUAGUAAUUACUAGCGAUUGGAUACCACGAAAAGGGGGUAAAAUAAAAAUAAAAAAUAAUAAUAAAAUCAAAUAUAUAUAUAUAUAUAUAUUUUUUUUUGACCUAAUCCCAAUUGAGACGUUGUGGCAGGACUUGGAACGAGCAAUUCAUGCUUGAUGCCGCUGAGUUAAAGCAAAUGCCGCUGAGUUAAAGCAAUUCUGCAUGUAAGAGUGGACCAAAAUUCCUCCACAGCGACGUGAGAGACUGAUCAACAACUACGGGAAGUGUUUGGUUGCAGUCAUUGCAGCUAAAGGUGGUACAACCAGUUAUUUAGUAUAAGGGGGCAAUUUCUUUUUCACACAGGGGCAUUGUGUGUUGCAUAACUUAGUUUAUUAAAUAAAGUAUGUAAUUGUUGUGUUAUUUGUUCACUCAGGUUCCCUUUAUCUAAUAUAGGUUUGGGUUGAAGAAGUAGAGCAAAUUAAAAAGGGGGCAUACAGCUCUGUAUGUUCGUUUGGUGGUUCUCCUCUCUGUUUUGUCUUUGAAUGUACAACGUUUCUAUUCAGCUUUGUUACUUUCUCAACAAAACAAGCUGAUGUAAUGGGACCCAAGAGAUUUUGGCAAAAAGGAAUGUCAAAUUAAAUUAAUUUUUCCACAUUGGAACAAAGUGUGUAUUCUGGUUUAUGAGUUGUCAUGAUGCACAUACACUCAUCAUGGUUCUCUGACUGAUAACACAACAUUAGUUUCUGUGAUCAUCAACUCGAUCACUUUGGACCGUUUGGGCCUUCAGAGAUCUAUGGAGUGGGCAAGCCAGGGGUGAACCCUCCUGCCCUUGCAGUCCUGAGUCACAAACCAGAUGGUGCCACCCAGACUAUUGCAUGGGUGGGCAAGGGCAUCGUGUAUGACACCGGAGGUCUCCGCAUCAAGGGAAAGGUAAAAAGACCAACAUGCCUGGGAUGAAAGAGACUGGUGAGGCAGCAGCCAUUUUUAGGAGCUUUCAAAGCUACUGUCAAUCAGGGCUUCAAGGACAAUCUCCAUGCCGUAUUCUGCCUGGCGGAGAAUGCAGUCGGACCCACUGCCACACGGCCAGAUGACAUCCACACGCUCUACUCUGGAAAUGGAGAUCAAGAACACUGAUGCUGAAGGCAGGCUAGUGCUCUCUGAUGGUGUGGUGUAUGCCAGCAAGGACCUCUCUGCUGACAUCAUCCUGGAUAUGGCCACUCUGACAGGGGCACAGGAACUGGAACACUCUGUCACACAUCAAUCCAGAGCAUCCCAAACAUGCUCAAUUGGUCACAUGUCUGCUUAUGCCUGCCCAUACAGUAACCCCACCGCCACCAUGAGGCACUCCGUUCACAAGGCUAACAUCAGCAAACCACUCGUCCACACGACACCAUACAUGUGGUAAGCGGUUGUGAGGCCGGUUGGAAGUACUGCCAAAUUCUCUAAAAUUAUGUUGGCGGUGGCUUAUGGUAGAGAAAUUAACAUUCAAUUAUCUGGCAACAGCUCUGGUGGACAUUCCUGUAGUCAGCAUGCCAAUUACACACUCCUUCAAAACUUGAGACAUCCGUGGCAUUGUGUGGGUGGCAAAACUGCACAUUUUAAAGUGGCCUUUGUGUCCCCAGCACAAAGUGGACCUGUGUAAUGAUCAUGCUGUUUAUUCAGCUUCUUUAUAUGCCACACCUGUCAGAUGGAUGGAUUAUCUUGGAAAAUGAGAAAUGCUCACUAACAGGGAUGUAAUUCAAGUUGUGCAAAACAUUUUAGAGAAAUAAUAUUUUUGCGUGAAUGGAACAUUUCUGAGAUCUUUUAUUUCACUUCAUGAAACAUGGGACCAACACUUUACAUGUUGCGUUUAUAUUUUUGUACAGUGUACAUUCAAUAUAAACAUGUCAUCAUACAUCAUCUUACCUUCUUUCACUUUAGUGAAUAACCAUAGUUCCUAUAUAACAAAUGACUACAUUAGUAUAUGUUUCCAACAAUGGUUGAAUUUGUGUGUGGCUCUCCUAGUGGAAAUAGGGGAUUUCCACAGGGAAGUACCAUUGUGCUGUGAUGACCAACAGUGAGCAGUGGGAGACGGCGUGUGUGAAGGCGGGCCGCAGCAGCGGGGA